CUACGGAUCAGCAAACCAGGAUCCUACUGUCUGCGUUUCUAGCAGGUGAUUUUGCUUUGUUUACAGGUGAAAUGUCAAUCGAUCUGAGAUGUAAAUAAGUUAGACUUUGAUACAUUUAACGAUUUUCAUUCAUAACUCAAGUGUUAGACAAUCAAUGACAAUACAACUUAAACAAAUAAACAGGAACACAAACGCAUAAGUAACAAAUCAAAAUGUCAGCACUAAAAGUUAUUUGGGAAUGUAUCUCGUCCCCAAGAUUAAUUAAGUGUCAUGGUGGGCCCGAUGAGAGUUAUUAUCAGCCCAGCUCCAUUGAAAAAUGGGGUGACUCGGUCAUUACUUCAUUUUUUGUUAUUUGGCGCAUUAGUGUCUAUACUUCACCACUGCUGAUUGGAAUUUUGUAUCAAAGGGGAUACUUUGAGUCUGAGAAUCUUGGUACUUUGACAAGACUUGUUACUACAGUGGGGGUUAUUUUAAUUGCCUCAUACUGCUGUAAGGGACUGGGUCGGUCCCAAAAUCCAUUAUAUCUUAAGUUCUUGGCCACUUGGAAGAAUGCCACAACUGAUGGUAGUGGUAGUACCAUCAGGGAAUUGAAGAAGUAUGACUAUGAUUUUAGUGCCUGGCCAGUGGAUUACUAUGUCACUAAAAAGAGUCCAAAAUCUGAGAGUAACUCUUCAAUCUUCCGAGACAUUUCCCUAAUUCCCUGCAGAGUUAUUGGAUAUUUAGCCAUGCACACUUUUGGUAUCAGAUUGAUAUAUCCUGGAACCAUAGGGUUCCUGAAAACCAUCUUGGAGCCCAGCCUAAUUCAGGGGAGGUCCAGGCUAGUCGAAAUCUAUCACGGGGAAAGAUUCAAGCUCCGCACCGUGGACGGCAAUAACAUUGAUUCCAUAUUCAUUGACAAAAGAAACAUAACAAUUAACGGUGGAACUUUGGUAAUAUGUUGCGAGGGAAACGCAGGAUUUUACGAAAUUGGAAUUGCCAUGACUCCAAUCGACGCUAAUUACUCUGUGUUGGGCUGGAACCACCCAGGAUUUGGGGGAAGCACUGGUCGUCCCUAUCCCAGCCAAGAACAAAACGCUAUAGAUGCUGUGGUGCAAUUCGCCAUAAACGAAUUGGGCUUCAAACUGGAGAACAUUUUGUUCUUCGGCUGGAGCAUCGGAGGGUAUUCGUCCAGCUGGGCCGCAAUGACGUACCCCGAUUGCAAGGGGCUUAUUUUGGACGCCACCUUCGACGACAUCCUCCCACUCGCAGAAAACUACAUGCCGUCUUGGUUCGAACCUAUUGUAAGGGUCGCCAUAAGGGAGCAAGUGAAUCUGAACGUGGCCGAGCUGGCUAUGAAAUAUCCCGGACCAAUUUCGUUGAUCAGGCGAACGAACGACGAAGUUAUAUGCUUGAAGGAGGGCGUUUUGGAGUCAAAUCGGGGCAAUGAUCUCCUGAUUAAAUUGUUACAGUAUCGUUACCCACACGUCAUGGAAGCUAAUCAAGUUGCUCUCUUAAGGGACUAUCUGGCACUUUCAGGACAUUCCCAAGAUGACAUGUUCAUCAAAUUCGACGUCGAAGAACAAAAAUUCGAAUCUUUAAUACAGUCUUACGUAUCCGAGUAUUCCAAAGAAUAUCCCAUGAAGUUUGGUGAAGAAUUUUCUAUAAAAGAAAAAAAUCAAACCGCAUUGUUUUUGGCGAGACGGUACCUGAAGGACUUCAAAGCAACCCAUUGUAUUAACCUACCUACAGAAAUGUUCCAGUUACCCUGGGAUACACAAGUUGAAGACGGCUUUGUCCUAACCUAAUAAGUAGACAAUAGAUUUAAAUGAAUUACACAUGUAUUUAUAUAAGAGAUAUUUAUGGUAUAUUUUAGAUAUGCGCAUGGUUAUUAGAACUAUAAUUGUAUAAGGCACAUAUCUGUCAUUAAAGGUACUUAGCAGA